UGAGCAGAGCCUACUUGCUUCACAGAGCCUACUUGCUUCACAGAUUAGUACUACAUCUUCUCUAUAGACUCUAAUGGCUCUACUAGUCUCGUUUAUUUUCUUCUUACUGUCCAUUCUCUCAGUAGUACUCUUCCUUAAACCAUCUCCUAAUAACCUUCCCCCAGGACCCUUUUCAUGGCCAAUUAUAGGGACCCUGUUGCCCAAGCUGAAGAAGCAACCCCAUGUCGAGCUAAGCAAAUUGGCACAGAGAUUUGGUCCACUAAUGCUCCUAAAAUUUGGGGUUGAGCCCGUUGUUGUGGCUUCGAGCCAUGUUGCAGCCGUGGAGGUGCUCAAGAAUCAGGAUCGAUUGCUUUCAGGCCGCUUUGCACCACACAGCGUCCGAAUUAAGGGCUAUAUUGAACACUCCAUGGUGUGGGCUGAUUGCACUGAUUACUGGAAGAUGGUCAGGAAGGUAUGGAGGACUGAAUUGUUCUCUACUAAGAUGUUGGACAUUCAGGCACACGCCAGAGAGGAGAAAGUAUCGGAACUGAUGAAAUUUCUCAUACGGAAGGAAGGAGAGAAGGUGAAUUUUGCUGAUGUGAUAUUCGGUUCCAUUUUGAACAUAUUAGGUGCACUUAUUUUCUCCAAAGACGUGUAUGAUUUUGAAGACAGGACGGAUAAUAACUUGGGUAUGAAGGGCAUGAUUCGGCAGCUGAUGAUAUUGGCAGCCAUCCCAAAUCUAGCCGACCUCUACCCAAUUCUUGGCGGAUCAGACUUUCAGGGCUUGAGGAAGGCAUCGGCAGCGUGUGUCAAGCGGAUGAAUGAGUCAUGGGCCGCCAUUGUUAAACAAAGGAGGAAGAAUGAUGACCACUCCAAGAAUGAUUUCUUGCAAGUUUUGCUCGAUUCUGGGUUCAGUGAUCCCCAGAUUGACGCCAUGCUUCUGGAAACGUUUGGACCUGGUUCAGACACUAGUACCUCCACGAUUGAAUGGGCAAUGGCAGAAUUGCUGCGGAACCCAGAGAAGCUGGUAAAGGUCCGCGAGGAACUCGACAGGGUGAUCAGAAGAAGCAACAAUGUGAAGGAGUCUGAUCUGCCAAACCUACCUUAUCUCCAUGCCUGUGUCAAAGAGACCCUCAGGUUACACCCUCCGGUCACCUUCCUUCUUCCACACCGAGCAAUGGAAACUUGUCAAAUGAUGAAUUACACGAUUCCAAAGGGAUGCCAACUGAUGGUAAACACAUAUGCAAUUGGAAGAGAUUCCAAGACAUGGGAGAAACCCUUGUCUUUCUUGCCAGAACGAUUUCUGAACUCAGAACUUGAUUACCAAGGUAACGAUUUCCAGUACAUACCAUUUGGUGCCGGCAGAAGAAUCUGUCCAGGGUUGUCAUUGGCAACUCGAGUUGUUCGACUGAUACUCGCUUCUCUUCUCCACACUUUUGAUUGGAGCCUUCCUGAUGGAAUGCACCCAGAUGAGCUAGACAUGAACGAUAAGUUUGGGCUGGCUCUCCAGAAGGACAUCCCUCUGGUAGUCAUUCCCAAGUUGAGGAAGUAAUUAAAGGGGUCUAGUUAUAUUAAGCUAUUAGUAUUCAUAUAGCUUUUGUUUGUCUCCCUUUCGCAAGGAAACUUAAUUACUGUAUGUGUUAAUUAUUAGCACAGUCAUGGCGGCAUUGUGUGUGCAUCUAUAUAAGUAGAAUGUGAUGUAGCUUCAAUAAAUUCAUGGCCUUUCUCUUGAAAUUGUUGUA